AUGUCUCAGCCUAUUUAUGCCAGCAUAAACACAAAUUCAAGACUGAAGAUGGACAGGUCCUCUCAUAGAAAUCAAACAGUCAUAGUGCUGAGUGUCUUCAUCUAUACAAACAACAAAAACUGUGCUAAAGAUAGGCGCCAGCUAGUAACCAACAUCAGCAACCUCACAGGAGCCAAAGAUGAGCUAACAAACCUUCUGAUGGAAAGAGACCAACUAAUAAAGCAACUUCAGAUUUUUGGUCAAGAAGCUGUAUGGUUUUACUAUCAAUCCAGUUUUUACUACUUGUCCAAUGAAACAAAGAGCUGGACUGAGAGCAGAAGAUGCUGUAAAGACAGAGGAGCAGAUCUGAUCAUCGUAAACAACAAACAGGAACAAGAUUUUAUUAUGAAGAUCACUGGUAACAAUGAAUUCUGGAUUGGUCUGACUGACAGUGAUGAAGAAGGAAAUUGGAAAUGGGUUGAUGGCAGUAUACUGACCUCUGGGUUCUGGGCUUCCUCUGGAUCAAUAACUGAGCCCAAUGGACGAGAAACAGAGAACUGUGCUGUGACCCAUUUAAAAAAGCACCCUGAGUUAAAGGGAUGGCUUGAUGUUGCAUGUGAUGAUGCUCAUCAAUGGAUCUGUGAGAAGUCCAUUUUACCAGUUACCAUUUAA